AGGGUUUUCAUUUCCUUGGGUUCCUGAAAGGUUGAAAGUUGAAACUCUUCGGCGCGCUUUAUUCACCUUUGAUCAUGAUGAUGUUGCUGUAAUUCAGUGGCGAAUUAAGAUGCUGACUGGAAGAGAAAGCUUGGUUCGUUUGAUCGGAAAACGGCGUCGCUUCCUUCCCAAUCGCCAUUCCAUUCUCUCCCAAACCCUUCCUCCUAACCAGAGCUGCUUUGAUAUUUGUUCUGAUAAUAGCGGUUCUGGAAUUCAGUUGGGGAAGGAUGAUGACUUGAAACGAUUGAAGUCUUUUGGGGAUAAUGAGCAUGAGAAUGCACUGUCUUCAAGUAGUGUUGUAGAUUGUCCCGUUUGUGGGUCUAAGAUUCCUGGGAAUAACAAUGAGAUCAAUUCUCAUUUGGAUGCUUGUCUGUUGCGAGGAACUAAGCGGAAACUAACGCAACGCACCCUCCUUCAGUUAAACUUCAGCCCUGUAUUAUCCAAAGUCAAAAUUGUUCCUGAUGAGUUGGUUGAGUCAGACAAUCCGGGUAUUGUACCACUGUCACCACCUGAAACAAUUGCUCGGGAGGAAAUUGAGGAUAGUGGAUCUGAAGAAUUGACUGGAAAGGAAAGCCUGCUCAUUGAUAGCGAGAUUGAUUGUAUGGUUAGCAGCUCAUCCUUUUGCCCGAAGAAUGAGAUGGCUGAAUUGCCAAUGGAUGAUUGUAAACCUGACACAUUUGAAGCUACACUUGAUACUUUUAUUGUUGGCCGGAGAUAUGCUGAUCGUGAGGAGAUAUCUCCUGGUCUUACCAUUGCUCUUUCAAGAGACCCUUAUAAUGUUAAGGAUUCCAAUGCCAUAAAGGUUGUGUCUUCGGAUUCUGCAGGCUGUAAGUUAUUAGGUUUUCUCCCCCGUGAGCUAGCACAAUAUAUAUCUCCUCUAGUUGACGAGUAUGGCUUUCGUUUUCUGGGAAGUGUCAUUUCUGUUCCUGAGAAUUCUCUUGAAAAUGUCCCAAUUCGCCUCCAGAGAACAUCGGAUGGUGAAAGAAACUAUGGAGAUGAGACAUUUAAUUGCUUAUGGAGAAAAGCUCAAUCUGUAAGCAGGAAUCCACCUCAAUCUGCAAAGUAUCAGCUGAAUUUUUGUCUUAUGCUACAAGAGGUGUUAAGAAAUAAUACUCACCUUCUAACAGAAGAUGAAAAAACCUAUCUGGAGUCAUUCACUUUACUCUCAAAUGACAGUCAGAGGAUUUUUAUUCGGCUAUACACCAGAAAAGGUCCUUGGUUUCGCAUGUCUAGUAUAUCAUAUCCUGAAAUAAUGGAUGUUCACAAGGCAGUCAAGGAACUCGAUGAGAAGGGAUAUAUGUGUUCUAUGGAAGAAGCACAUCAACUGUCUGAAAGUGAUGUGAGUGAUAUCUUGAAUAUACUAUCUGUCUCUGAGCUACGCGAAAUUUGGCGUAUGCUUGAAAAGAGUUGUGGUCGUGGGAUGAAGAAGCAAGAUCUCGUGUCAUCUCUGGUUUCUACAUAUGCAGAUGGACUAUGUCCUGGCCUAUCCAUUAUGAUUAUGAAUAGAACUGGCUCCUGUGUUAGAAUUUCUUCAAAAGCUGAAUCUCUCAUAUGGCGUACUGAGAGACUUUUCUUCUUAAAUGGAGAGCAGGAUCUCUCGUCCUUUCUGUUGGUUGAUAUGGGAAAAGUGAAGUAUCCAACUUACAACUGCAUCUUAUCGGAGUCAGUUUUUUCAAAUCGCAGGGAUCUGCUCUCAUAUGAAGAGGCCAUUGAAGUGGCCCAGAUUAUGGAUGAAGCUCUUGGUGCAAAUAGAACUGACACAGUGUUGAGGUGUAUAAAGAUUGCUGAAUCUCAUAUAUCUGCUGCUUUACCCAUCCAGUACUUGACCUCUGAAUCUGUAAUUACAAUCCGCCAUUUAUUUACUGCAUCAUGGGUUUACUCCAAGGUCGUCAUAUUAGGGAUAUCCUUUCUUGAGCAAGAACGCAGGUAUAGGGAUGCAAUUGACCUACUAAAGUGGCUGCUAAAUUGUUUCACUUGUGAUGUAAGAAGAGGGUAUUGGACAUUGAGGUUAUCAGUUGACCUGGAGCACCUUGGCUACACUGAGGAGAGCCUUCAAGUUGCUGAAAAUGGGUUGCUGGAUCCCUGGGUACGUGCUGGUUCAAGAAUGGCAUUGCAAAGGCGAGUUGUUCGCUUAGGAAAACCACCAAGGCGAUGGAAAGUUCCUAGUUUUUCAAGGUCUGCUAUGAGGAAGAUCCCUGAGGUUUAUGUUCAAGGGAGACCCAUAAAUUCUGAUUUGGGAGCAAAGAGCAGGUUCUACAAUGAAGAGGGAGAGCAAUGUGGAGUUGAAGAACUUGCUUUGUAUUAUUAUGCCGGGGAAGGAGGUGGAUGGCAAGGUGUCCACACAGAGAGUGGCAUUUGGUUAACCAUUUUUGGGCUUCUAAUGUGGGAUGUCAUAUUUGCUGAUGUGCCAAAUGUCUUCUAUACUAGAUUUCAGAAUGCUCCUUUGGAUUUGGGUACCGAUAGCUUUUAUUCAGUGAGAAAGAGUAGCAUAGAAUCCCAUCUGCGGAAAAUUCGCGAUGGCAUGGCUGAGGAAUGUCUAAUAAAGUCAUGGGAAACCCAUAAUGGAACGGCUUGUAGAGGGGUUAAUUGGGACCGCCAUACCUUACACGAGCUACGUGCUGCUGUUACUUGCGUCGGGGGCCAUUGUUUGGCUUCUCUUUGUGAACUUCUUACUCAAGACUAUCGGAGCUGGUCUAGUGGAAUGCCUGAUUUGCUGCUAUGGCGUUUCAAUGGAGAAUACAGCGGUGAAGCCAAGCUUGUUGAAGUGAAAGGCCCAAGGGAUCGUCUCUCCGAACAGCAGAGAGCAUGGCUACUAUUGCUCAUGGAUUGUGGAUUUGUCGUUGAGGUAUGUAAAGUGAAACCUUUGUAGAUCUACACAUUAUUACAGUUGCUUGAAAUUUAAGUUAGAGGAGAAACACAUUGUGGAAAUCACCUCUAUCCUCUAGCAAAGUUUUCAUCACUCGUGAAGAGUUCAUCCUCUAAAAUGUUCAUUGUCAAAUUAUGAGCAUUACUAGUAUGUGGUUAGUUAGUCUGCAAAAUGAGGAUACGUGGAGGUCAUCCAUGAAAAUUCCACUCCAUUUUUAUCCCUGAACCAAACAUCCUUGUAGAUAAAAUUGACUGCUAUGGCCAAAAAAAUUGAACUACUCUAGACAAUAAAGUAACGAGAUAUCUACAAGAUGAAUGAGGACAGUGAAGCAUUGGAUCCCAGCUAAAAAAAACAUAUUGAUCCUACAUAAUAUUGUUCUGGGGUAGUUGUUUCAGAUUUCUGUAUUAUAUGCAAAAGAUUGCUUAUUGAGGGAAAUCUUCAUGCUCAAGUCUAAUUUUCUGUGUGUGUCAAUUGAGAGUUUGAGAUUUGUCUUCCCCUUGUGUAAUUGAAAUUCAUGUUAUCCUGACAUAAAUCAAAUUCAAAGCUAAAAGAAGCUGUGAAAAAUUCAUCCACAGUUAGUGUAAUUGUUUCUGUAAUUUAAUUUAAUUUGUAGCAUAGAUUCAGG